ACUUGCUAUCCAAGUCCUGACUGGUUUUUGCACUCCCCAGGAUCUUCGUCCAGUCACAGGUCAGCAACACCCUGGGAUUUACAAACUUUUGAUUGAGUCAGAAUCAGAAGUUUUGCCUCUUCCUCUUGAGACCACUUCUGUACAGGAGUUUAAGACCCGGUUUGGAGUCAUGCCUCUCGCUGGAACACCUGCCCCUCCCAACAAGAGGAAAAAAACUACUAAAAUCAUCACUGACCUGUCACAUAUCACUCAGAAUGAGUAUGAGUCAGAGCCUGAGGCCUCUGAGUUUGACUUGGGGCCGAAGAUCAGUAUACCAAAAGAUGUAAUGCUGGAAGAACUGUCCCUGCUCAAAAACAAAGGCUCCAAGAUGUUUAAAAUGAGGCAGCUGCGUGUGGAGAAGUUCAUCUAUGAGAACAACCCUGACGUCUUCAACGCUGACUCUAUGGAUAACUUCCAGAAGUUUGUCCCUGGCAUUGGCGGCCAAAUGGUGGAUGUUGGUGGACAUCUGGUGGGUGCACGUCUUGUUGGUGGACAGAUAGUUGGUGGACAGAUAAUUGGAGGUGGACAUGCACCUGUGCCUCCUCCCAAACCAGGAAGCCGGGGUAUAGGGGCAGGAAGUGGAGUUGGUGUAGGAGGAACAGCUGGCGGAGUGGGUGCAGGGGCAGGCGGGAGUGCUGGCUCAUCAGCUGAUGUCUCACAGAGUGCAGAAAGCACUAAGGCUGCUUUAGCUAAAGAGAAGAAAAGAAAGGAAUAUGUGAAGACAUAUGUAUCACCCUGGGAAAAGGCCAUGAAGGGCAAUGCAGAGCUUAUAUCUACUAUGAAACCAUACAUGCCAGGACCCUGUGAUCAGAAAGACCUGACUAAAUACAAGUGUUUUAACAGGUCAGCCAUGCCUUAUGGUGGCUUCGAGAAAGCUUCUCAGCUGAUGACCUUCCAGCUGCCAGAUAUCGAGGCAACAGUAGAGGAGCCGGAGCCCGCCGUGGUGUACCAUCAUGACAUACACUCAAGACCCUCUUUUAACCGCACUCCCAUCGGCUGGGUGGGCAGCGGAGACACAAGCAACAUCCACCUCCAGGUUGAUACCAUGCCAUUCGAUGGGGAGACCGACGAGCUGUGAGGAAUGAACAUCCUAGACCUUCAAAAAGUGCACUCUAUCUUCACUUCCCCAUGCCUGCUUUGCAUUUCCUCUAACCCACCUGUUCUCUGUUUCUCUCUCUCUCUCUCACACACACACACACACACACACACACAGUGAUUCCAUAUAUGUAAUUUGUGCUUCAAUUUCAGUGGAUCACUGUGUGUGAAAUCAGUCCUGAUCCAUGUGUCCUGAUCCAUUCACUGUUCAAAUUUAAAUACAUGGUUGUGAGACUGAAAAUCUGUCAGUAAAGAAAAUAUAUGAACAGCUUACAAAAUAAAGAAGGCUAAAAUCAUCAAUCCUACAAUCCCAGAGUCUUAAAGUACCCAUUUGACCUAUAUCUCAUGUCCAUCUGUGGCUUUUACAUACAAAGUUCUGCUAUGCACAUGUGCCCCAAUGAGAUCUGUAUGUGGAUAAGUGAGUUGGGAAAUGAUCACUUGAGAACUCUAGUACAGUCCAUCUACUACUGAAAUGUUAGUUAAGUUAGCAUAUAACCUUCACUGGAACUUGGAAAGUAUUUACUUAAAAUGUACUUUAAAAGCUGUUUGAUUAAAUGAAAGACAUAUUGGCUUGAUGAUGAUGAUGAUGAUGAUGAUGAUGAUGAUGAUGUGAGUAUGCAACAUGUUUACCUACUGUUGUUUGGCAUGUUAAAUGAUGAUAUUGUAAUGAAUAAUAAGAGUUUAACAUGACCCCAACUUAAUAAAUAUUUGAUAGCCGA